AUGCUCGAUGAAUUUUCAAAUACCAGCGUCAGUAAACCCCAAGAUGUCUCACGAAAACUUGAGCCUGCGCCGGUGCCAGCUCUUCAAGAGUCAGAUAAGUCGGAUGCAGCUGCGGAUGAGUUCAGCAAGCAACUGCGAGACCAAAUGGCUGCACUCAUGGGCAAUGUAGAUGAGUCACCGGAAAUGAAGACAGAGAUUGAAGCCAUGAUGCGGGAAUUGGGUGUUGCAGCAGAUCCUGGCACGCCUUCGGAAUUAAAGGACGAAAUCAAUGGGAAAGUGUCGUUAUCGAAUACAGAGGAACCUUUCCAGGAGACUAUUCGAAAGACCAUGGAGCGAAUGCAAGCUUCAGGAGACCAAGCCACAGCUGCUGCAAAGACCGAGGACUCCGAUGACAUGCUCUCACGAAUGCUGAAGGAGAUGCAAGACGGCGGCCUAGAAGGUGUAGGAGAUGACGAAGGGUUCAACAAAAUGCUUCUUGGUAUGAUGGAGCAGUUGACAAACAAGGAAAUACUGUACGAGCCGAUGAAAGAGUUACACAAUAAAUUCCCACGCUGGAUGUCCGACAAUAGGAGCAGCACAAGUGCAGACGAUUUGCGAAGAUAUGACGUGCAGCAAAGACUUGUAGGAGAAAUUGUGGAGAGAUUUGAACAGACAAGUUACUCUGACUCCCAUAAGGCGGAUAGAGAAUUCAUUGUGGAACGAAUGCAACAGAUGCAAGCGGCUGGAAGUCCCCCAGCUGAUCUCGUGGGCGACAUGAAUGCUGCACAAGAUGCUUUAGGUGACAUAGACUCCGGGUGUGCUCAGCAAUGA